AUGCUCGUGCCGCAUUCAGAUAUAGUUGAAGGUCCACAGCCAAUGGAAGUAGUGGCACAAGUGGAGCAAACUACUACUGUGGAGAAUCAGCCAGUGGAGGAUCCUCCGUCGAUGAAAUUUACUUGGACUAUUGAGAAUUUUACUAGAUUGAAUUCGAAGAAGCAUUAUUCGGAUGUAUUUAUUGUUUGCGGUUACAAAUGGCGAAUAUUGAUCUUCCCUAAAGGAAACAAUGUGGACCACUUGUCUAUGUAUUUGGAUGUUGCCGAUUCGACGACAUUGCCAUAUGGAUGGAGUAGAUAUGCACAAUUCAGUUUGGCUGUGGUCAAUCAAAUUCAUAAUAAGUACUCAAUUAGAAAGGACACACAGCAUCAGUUCAAUGCAAGAGAGAGUGACUGGGGCUUCACAUCUUUCAUGCCUCUGAGUGAACUUUAUGAUCCUGGUAGAGGUUAUCUAGUGAAUGAUACAGUUGUUAUUGAAGCUGAAGUUGCUGUCCGUAAGGUUCUAGAUUAUUGGUCCUAUGAUUCAAAGAAGGAGACAGGCUAUGUAGGACUGAAGAACCAAGGAGCAACAUGUUACAUGAAUUCUCUCCUACAGACUCUGUACCAUAUUCCCUACUUCCGAAAGGCUGUGUACCACAUGCCAACAACUGAGAAUGACAUGCCUACAGGAAGCAUUCCCUUGGCCCUGCAGAGUUUAUUUUAUAAGCUUCAAUAUAAUGAUACCAGUGUUGCAACAAAGGAAUUGACCAAAUCUUUUGGCUGGGAUACAUACGAUUCCUUCAUGCAACAUGAUGUGCAAGAACUCAACAGAGUCCUAUGUGAGAAGCUAGAGGAUAAAAUGAAGGGGACUGUCGUGGAGGGGACUAUACAGCAAUUGUUUGAGGGUCACCAUAUGAACUACAUUGAGUGCAUCAAUGUGGACUACAAAUCUACAAGAAAGGAGUCAUUUUAUGAUCUCCAGCUUGAUGUGAAAGGUUGUCGAGAUGUUUAUGCUUCUUUUGACAAAUAUGUUGAAGUUGAACGACUUGAGGGUGAUAACAAAUACCAUGCUGAAGAACAUGGUUUGCAGGAUGCAAAGAAGGGUGUCUUAUUUAUUGACUUUCCCCCUGUUCUUCAACUCCAAUUAAAGCGGUUUGAAUAUGAUUUUAUGCGCGACACGAUGGUGAAGAUAAAUGAUCGCUAUGAAUUUCCUCUUCAACUUGACCUGGAUAGGGAGAAUGGGAAAUAUUUAUCACCUGACGCAGACAGGAGUGUGCGUAAUCUAUACACACUUCACAGUGUUUUGGUUCACAGUGGAGGGGUGCAUGGUGGACAUUAUUAUGCUUUUAUCAGGCCGACCCUCUCUGAUCAGUGGUUCAAAUUUGAUGAUGAACGGGUGACAAAAGAAGAUAUGAAGAGGGCAUUAGAAGAACAGUAUGGUGGCGAGGAAGAGCUACCUCAGACCAAUCCUGGCUUUAACAAUACUCCAUUUAAAUUCACAAAAUACUCAAAUGCAUACAUGCUUGUGUAUAUAAGGGAAAGUGACAAGGACAAGAUAAUUUGUAAUGUUGAUGAGAAAGACAUUGCUGAACACUUGAGGAUAAGACUGAAGAAAGAGCAAGAAGAAAAAGAAGACAAACGAAGAUAUAAAGCACAAGCUCACCUUUACACGAUUAUAAAGGUUGCACGAGAUGAGGACCUUAAAGAGCAAAUUGGAAAGGAUAUUUAUUUUGACCUUGUGGAUCAUGACAAAGUCCGUAACUUCCGUAUUCAGAAACAGAUGCAGUUCAGUCUUUUUAAGGAGGAGGUUGCUAAAGAGUUUGGUAUACCGGUACAAUUUCAGCGAUUUUGGAUAUGGGCAAAGCGUCAAAACCACACAUAUAGGCCCAAUCGACCAUUGACACCCCAGGAGGAAGCACAAUCAGUUGGACAGCUGAGAGAGGUGUCAAAUAAGACGCAUAAUGCUGAAUUAAAGUUGUUCUUGGAAAUUGAGAUUGGGCUGGAUUUACGCCCCAUUGCUCCACCUGAAAAAACUAAAGAAGAUAUCCUGCUUUUCUUCAAGCUUUAUAACCCUGAAAAACAAGAAUUACGAUAUGUUGGCAGGCUUUUUGUGAAGAGUUCUGGUAAGCCAAUAGAAAUUAUAGCAAAGCUUAAUCAAAUGGCUGGCUUUGCACCUGCUGAAGAGAUUGAACUUUAUGAGGAAAUCAAGUUCGAGCCUUGUGUCAUGUGUGAACAUCUUGAUAAGAGGGCCUCAUUUCGAAUAAGUCAGAUUGAAGAUGGGGACAUAAUAUGCUUUCAGAAAUCUCAUCCUCUUGAAAACAAAGAAGACUGUCGAUAUCCAGAUGUACCUUCAUAUUUGGAAUAUGUGCACAACCGGCAGAUAGUUCAUUUCCGAUCUCUAGAGAAGCCAAAGGAGGAUGAUUUUUGCCUAGAGUUGUCAAAGUUACAUACUUAUGAUGAUGUUGUUGAACGAGUGGCCCAUCAGAUUGGUUUGGUUGAUCCAUCCAAAAUCAGGUUAACAUCCCACAACUGCUACUCUCAGCAGCCUAAGCCGCAACCAAUUAAAUAUCGAGGAGUGGAGCAUCUAUCAGAUAUGUUAGUUCACUACAAUCAGACUUCUGAUAUCCUGUAUUAUGAAGUUCUGGAUAUUCCUCUUCCGGAAUUACAAGGUCUGAAAAAUUUGAAAGUUGCUUUCCAUCAUGCUACUAAAGAUGAAGUGGUAAUUCAUAAUAUUAGAUUGCCUAAACAAAGCACUGUGGGAGAUGUGAUUAAUGAACUUAAAACAAAGGUAGAAUUGUCUCACCCAAAUGCUGAACUUCGACUGCUUGAAGUUUUCUAUCACAAGAUUUAUAAGAUCUUUCCACCCAAUGAAAAAAUAGAGAAUAUAAAUGACCAGUAUUGGACGUUGCGAGCAGAGGAGAUCCCCGAGGAAGAAAAAAAUCUUGGUUCCCAAGAUCGCCUUAUUCACGUUUAUCACUUCACAAAAGAGUCUGGACAGAAUCAAAUGCAAGUGCAGAAUUUUGGUGAACCCUUUUUCUUGGUCAUCCAUGAAGGUGAAAUUUUGGCUGAAGUCAAAAUGCGUAUACAAAAGAAACUGCAGGUUCCUGACGAGGAAUUCACAAAGUGGAAAUUUGCUUUUCUGUCACUGGGUCGUCCAGAGUACUUGCAGGAUUCUGAUGUUGUGUUCACCCGCUUUCAGAGAAGAGAUGUUUAUGGAGCUUGGGAGCAGUACCUUGGCUUGGAGCACUCUGACAAUACUCCUAAAAGGUCUUAUGCAGUAAAUCAGAACCGACACACAUUUGAGAAGCCAGUUAAAAUAUACAAUUAG